AUGGACGUCCCGUCCAACAUGGGGUGUUCCGCUGCUGUUGCGUGCCGUUCCCACGAUGAUUCUCACGAGGGCUUGUCGUCCGGGGCGCAGGUGCAGGAUCCCGCUGCCCGCAGGCGCCGCCACUCGCGGUCCAUCGUCAACCAGAUCAAAGACGGAGAGGAGGGUCUGCUCCUCAAGCUGGAUCAGUUCUUGACUGAGCUGGAGCGGCGGGUUGAGUACUGGGAGAAUUAUGGGGAAGUCAGCUUUGACUCGAGCAUCUCUGCCGCCUUCGCCACCCUCCAGGCGGUCCGAACACGAUGCUCGCAGGUCUCGGAGGAAGUUAUGGACACGGGCCGCAGGAGGCUGCAUGUCAUGGUGGAGACCCUGGAGACUGGCUAUCAUGAUGCCAUGGCUGCGGCGGGCUCGCUGAACGAAAAGGCGAGAGUUGGUAUUGAGCUGCUUGACGGGAUGCUCCAGGACAUGGAGACACAGGCGGCCAGAUUUCGGGAGAAAGGGUUGGCCAAUGCCGCCGAGAGCCUCAAGGCCGAGGCUCACCGCGUUGUCGAUGAAGGUAUCGAAAGGGCCAUCCGCGCAGCCGAAUCGCUCGAAGACCAUGUCCAGUACGCCAUCGCUCGCGCCAAAGAACGCGGGCUUCUCCGCUAUGAGGAGCUGCCGGUGCCCUGGAGAAUUAAUCCUCACAUCCUCAAGGGUUACCGCUUCUCCGAGACCAAGCUAGCCUGCGUGAGAUCGGCCUUUGGCUUCUCCAACGAGCUUGUCAACAUCUGGUCCCACGCUCUUGGUCUCGUUCUCGUCCUGGCCGUCGCCUUCUACUUCUACCCCACGAGCACAACCUUUUCCGUGAGCUCAAGCGCCGAUAUCUUUGUCGCGGCGGUCUUCUUCUUCGCGGCCUGUCAAUGCCUGGUCUGCAGCACCAUCUGGCACACAAUGAAUUCGGUGGCCGAUGUCAACCUCAUCUCGAUGUUCGCCUGCGUCGAUUACACCGGCAUCUCACUGCUUGUCGCCGCGUCCAUUAUGACGACCGAAUACACCGCCUUCUACUGUGAGCCCGUGAGCCGUUGGAUUUACAUGGUGACCACUGCUCUCUUGGGAGUCGGGGGCGUCAUCCUCCCAUGGCAUCCGCGAUUUAAUGGAGCGGACAUGGCUUGGGCGAGGGUCGCGUUCUAUGUUGGCCUCUCGGCCACGGGCUUUCUACCAAUCCUGCAGCUUUCCCUGACCCGCAGCCCCCAAGCCGCCCUGGAAUUCUACACGCCGAUCGCCAAGUCCCUCUUCGUUUACCUUCUCGGCGCCUGCGUCUAUGCCAGCAAGGUCCCUGAGCGGUGGUUCCCUGGCAUGUUCGACUACGUUGGAGGCAGCCACAACCUCUGGCACAUCGCCGUACUCGGGGGCAUUCUUUUCCACUACACGGCCAUGCAAGAGUUCUUCUCGCAAGCUUUCAUCCUCGCCAAAGACGGUUGCACCGCAUACUGA